AAAAUAGGCGGCAGGUGCCGUCCGGUUGAACGUUGCACCACAGGGCUGCGACGCCAACUCUGCGACGAACAUGCGGCACGCGCUGGUGGAGAUGCUGCUUGGUAGAGCGCGGCCUGCGGCCCUGCACCGCGGUGGCGGCGGCGAUGGUGGUGGCGGAGGGCCUGGCCCCACCAGCAGCAGCAGCGGCACACGGCCUGGCGGCGGCGGCCCUGGGCCCAGCAGUUGCGGCGUGCAUGUGCGUAGCAGAGGGGGCGAGCAAGGCCACGUGGAGGAGGACAGCGCGGCGUCGCCCAAGACUCGGCGCCGGCGCGCAGGUUGAGGCCGGCCAGUGUCUGGUUAGGGUCUUUGCUGGCGAGCAUAGCACCGCGCAGUAUGUGGUAGGCCGCGGCAGUGAGGAGUGUUGUGGUUGAAGGAUUUCCUGCUGUUUGGUUGAUUGCUGGCUGUGCUGUUGCUUGAUAGCUGGACGCGGCUGGACACAUUGCGAACCGACCCCGGCUAUGUCCGGGAGAUGAGGUAGACGCUUGCGGCCGCAGACUAGAGAGUAGAGACGUGGCGUGGGCGCAGCCCACUUUUCCCAUUCGAGGGGAACCACAUAUCUUGUCUUGUCCAGGCACGCCGCACACAGCCAGGGUGAGAAGCAGAGGCGCACCCUUGGCGAGAAGGGAUGCAACCGCUGGUUAGGAUCCAGGGGUGCCCCUGUUAGGACCCCUUUGCCACUGAGUUCACGUGCUCAUACCCCUUUUGGGUGCCUUGCUCAGGAGCGAAGAAGAGCGAAGAUUGCAUUGGUUACAAGAGGGACCUGCUGACGCAGUUCACGAGCCAGUGACAUGGAGAACGAACACCCUGCUCUGGACCCCAGAGCGAAGCAACAUUGGCGGCGAAGCCCCUCAGAAUCUAUCCGUGGCCACUGCACGCAAGCACUGCAUGUGCUCAUACGGUACUCUGGUUCAUGCUGCGCCAGCCUUUUAUACGGAUGUCCGUUCUGUUAUAUGGCUGGCCACGGGGCCCGCCGGGGAGCUGACCCGCCCGCAGGCUGCAGGUGCGCGCACGGGUGCGUGCGCCGGGACUUUGUCGGCACGUAUGAAUAUGAACAUGCUGGAAUCUGCCGUUUAGGGCGUUCCGAUAAGCUGGGCAUGUAACUGGCACUGGCAGUAUGCCUUGCCGCCGCUUUAUGCCCCGUGGGCAAGGGAUACAGCCCGAUACAGCCUGCAAGGAGUUUUCUCAGUGAUCCGUACUGCAGUGCUGAGCGGGCGAAUUGGUGGCGAUGGUAGAGAAUACCUCUGUAAUAGCUUGUAAUG